CUCUUCUUUACCUCCUCCAACGCCAUUCCCGAUUCAAGAAGAAGCUUACAAGAGAUCAAAUUGUAUCAAAUAAGUUAGAGAAAGAAGAAAACAUCUUUGAAAAGUUAUCUUCUUGUCAACAAUACUUUUUUAUACAACCACAGUAAAAAUAUGGAAGACAAUAAAACAAAUGGACACAAGGAUGUAUUAUUGGAUCGAAGACAAUUGGAUCAAGUGAUGAAAGCAAUCAACAAACAAAUUUCACAUGCACAAUAUGAAUAUAAAGAUAGUGGAGCUUUACAAGUAGAAAUGGACGAAUUGUUUAGUUAUGAAGAAAUCAACACGUUAUUACCUCGUUUAGUGGCUAAUCGACAAGCGAGUCUAUUGCAAAUGAAAGCAAUAGAAUUAGAUAUCUGGAUUGAACAACUAUUGGAUCAGCUAGAAUCUGGAUAUGAACAGAGGAUACAAGCAGCACAAGGUUUAUUAUAUAUUGCUCUAGGGGAUUUUGAUCAAUGGAUUAAUGAUAGAAAAAAACACUUGGAUACAAUCAUCAAGAAUAAUGCUUUACUAUUUGAUCGAGGUGUCUUUCAUUCUGUACAUCAGGUUUUGAAACGUGCUUGUAAUCAACUAUCUAGUUCAAACAACAAACCUAUUGAUAACAACAAAAAUCUACUCUUCGAAAUUGACCUCUAUUUGACCAUCAAUUAUUUGAUUAUUGAAUCCAAUCGACAACAAGGUCGUUUCGAAAAUGAUCAAGAUCUAUUGGAAAUGGAUAUUUUGAAAUAUCUCUUUUUGAUGUUGGCGCGCUUGAAAGAUGGGUUUAUGCAAUCUUUUCCGAUGAAAAAGUUACUUUUACUCAUAUCGAAGGUAUUAUUAGCUACUCUUGGAAACAUACAAAAUACCAAGGAUAUGAAGAAUGAAGCUCGAAGAAGACAUGGACUGCCAAUCAAAAGGAAAACUCCUAUUAUUAAAUGCUCACAUCGAGAUCUAUAUACAUUCCAAAAUGAUCUUGCUUCUCGAUAUCCCACAUAUACGCCAUCCAAUAUUGAAUCAACCAUAUUCAGCAAUAUAUCACCACUGACUAUCAAAGCCAGUUCAGCACUCGCCACAGCCAUGGGUAUCAGUAAUGCUACAAAACAAACAACCUUACCCUACCAAGUACUAUUCCCUCCAAAACAACCCAAAAGCAACAACGACAACAAUAAGCAAGCAAAUAAUCCUGGUGUUCAAGGAAACACUGGACUUGCUAGUGAUGAUCCUUGGCAUUCUUCACAAACAGUGGUACUUCCAUUAUUAGAAACUGGACCUAGUCUUCCCGUUGGUCUCAAAGAAGCCAAUGCUACAUAUCAACAACACUUGGAAAUUUCGCUAGCAGAUUAUCAGAUCUUGAUGGAACGGCAACGCGCGAUACAAAAAUGGCAAGAAUUGGAAAAAGAACGGACAACAUAUAGUAAUGAUCAGAUAAGGUUAUCAUCUAGUGAAAGAACAACAACAACAACACCAAUGGACGAAGGUCAAGAUUCUAUCAAGGACAAAUUCGAUAUCAUUGAACAAUUUUAUGCAUCCAUCGCACCUGAAUUACAAGGUAUUGUGAUCGUUCUACUUAAACAACUUUUGACAACAGCCACAGCAAAAUCAAAACCGACGAGCAAGAAUAAUGGACAACAAUUAUAUCAAGAUGGAAAACAAAUCAAGGAAACAACAAGCAUGGACAGACAUCGUGAAGUAUUAUGCAAAAGUAUUUCUGCCAUUUUAUUGUUACUUUUGAAAUGGUUCAAGAUCUCACAUGUACUGAAAUUUGAAUACUUGUCUCAACUCUUGGUGGAUUCUGGAUGUAUGCUUUUGAUACUCAAGAUAUUUGGACUACAAGAAAUUGGAACUUUAGCAAGCAUUAAAACAGAUGCGGAUGAAUAUGGACUCUUUCGACAGAUGGAAUCCCUUCAACCACAGUCGAAUGGAAUAGCAGCAACAAGUAAUGGGUCUUCCUAUGUGUCGCCACCUCUAUCUCCUUCCUCUGAAUCACAUUAUACCAACGAACGAAAUCUUUUUUGGAUCAUCAACUUGCUUCAUGUUUUGCAAAUGCUAUCUAGGGACAAAGUACAUAGGAUCAUGUUAUUGGUACAAUACAAAUCAUCGGCAAUCUUCAAACGAGUUCUCAAGAUAUCACAUCCUGUUGUAGAAUUAUAUGCUUUGAAAAAUCUGAAGAAUCAAAUACCUUAUCUGGGGAGGAAAUGGCGAUCCAGUAACAUGAAAAUUAUAUCUUCUAUUUACUUUCGAUGUCCUCCCGAUUUCCGUGAUGAUUGGCUGAUUACAAGAAAUGACAAAGAAGAGAUAUCUUAGUAGGCUACUUCCAGAAGACGAUAGUGCACUAUAUGAUCCUAUUAAUGGCAACGAUAUUCCUUUUUCAACAUCUCUGGUCUUGGAGAAAGGACACGACUUGGAUUCUUCAGCAAUGUUUGACGAGAAUGAUCUGGAUGACACAUUUAAGAAGGAUUAUAGUCAAUGGUUGGAAACUGAAGUUUACAGCAAAAAAAACCAAUGGAAAUACGGCAA